ACUGAUAUUAAAGAUCAUGGGCGGGGAGAUUUCGUUCAAACAAAUUGAAACACAGUUACAAUGACAUCGUUUAUUAUCCAUUAGGAGAAAUUCUGAAUUUUAUGGGGCGGUUUAUUUUAAUUAAGGGUAUGGUAAUCUUACAGGCCUUAGUUGGCGGGUAAUCGUGAAAGAACACCAAAUAUUGUUAAUACUGAAUUCCGCGAACAUUGUUAAUAUAUACAUGUCGUGUGAGGAAGUUUUGUCAGAAUUCGCCCAUAUGACUGAUUUGUUGUCUUGACAUCACCUUAGCUAUGCAAAUUUAAACUGGAUCAUUGGGUGAGGUCAUUCAACUAAUUUUUGUUUAAAAAGGCAAGACGUUAACUGAAUUGUUGCAACAGGCAGCGAUAACAUGAAGAUCUCGUCUUGCGAAGCGGUCCUACAGUACGUCCCAGCACUUUCCGAAUUUGCAGAUCUUCGCUUGACUUUCGUGGUUAAUUUGGUGCUUAAUGUUUUUCUUUGUCAUGCAGCGGUAGCGUUAAACCUGCUCACGAUCCACGCAAUACGAAAAACCUGGUCGUUGCCAAAAACGUUGAAAAUAUUGCUCUUAAGUCUUGCUGUUUCUGAUGUUGGAGUCGGUUUAGUGGUCCAUCCAUUUUACAUUUCUCUUCUCGUGAAGUGGCUACACUAUAGCAAACCCAGCUGUUUUACCUACAAGAUAUUUUUCAUGAUCAUGUCUCUGUUUGCAUUGGCGUCGUUUUUUGGUGUUGUUCUUUUAAGCGUGGACAGAUUUAUGGCGAUUCAGUUUCACCUUAGAUACAGGGAAAUCGUAACUCACAGGCGUGUUGCUGCUGUGGUGAUCACCGUUUGGGUUUUCAGUGCUUCGCUGUCUUUGACACCAGCAUGGUUCCCGAGCGAAAGUUCUCUUAUUAUAUUCUUUGUUGGAACCAUUUGCCUUAUGUUUACUACUUUGGUCUACUGCAAGAUUUUUGUGGUUUUACGACGCCAUAAAAACCAGAUUAGAGGCCUUCAGUUGCAGCAAGCAGCACCGAACAGUGAAAUGAGAAACUUAACUAGUCUUUCAAAAUCAGCAGUCAAUUUAUUCUACGUUUAUGUUGUGUUUAUGGUGUGCUAUUUGCCAAGAGGAGGCAGUUUAAUUGGAACUGCAAUUUUAGAGCGGAGUACUAUGAUAAAGGGUUUUCUUCUUUGUUCGUGGACUCUGGUGUUUCUUAAUUCGUCUUUGAAUCCGGUAAUCUACUGUUUAAAGAUGAGACACUUUCGACAUGCUGUCAGAGACAUCUUGAGGAACAUGCGUUUUCGCAGAAAUCGCUCCCAAAGCGAACGUAGAACUUUUUCUGAUUUCCGCGGUGAGGACGUGACUCGCUUUCCAACCGGUUUAUGAACGCCCGAUUCGGCAAUUGAGCGUGAAGUGCAAAUGGUUGAGUGAAAGAGUCGGUUUAUUCAAAAUCGGGGAAACUUUCAACGAGAACAAGGAGCUGUUGCUUAAGUCGAUGUUUUUCAGAAUCGAAACACUUGGGAAACCGUUUUGGCAAUUGAAGUAUGAUUCACUUCCAUUAUAAUUAUAAUUUGAUUGAUCAAAUGUCGACAAGUAUACUGUGGUCAUAAUAAUGAGAUUUACUGCGAUAUUUCAGUAAAUUUACGACUUUUGGUGGUAUGUGAAUUAAUUGACCUUAUUUUCUUUCGGAUUUGUGAGGGGUGAGAGCAAACUACUGACUAGCAACUACAGCGCGAUAGAAGCGAACACCUGGUAGCAAAUUAUUUCUAUUUUUCUAUAAUUUUGAUGAAGAUAUAAUCUGACUAAAAGUACUAACCCUUACCCCAACCUUUUUUCCUAGUCGAUGUUUGGCUCGUAAGAGCAGAUCCAACUCUUAGGAAGCUAUGAUGAAGUAGAAUAUUUCAGUCCGAAUGCGAUUUAGCCUGACCCAAGCGGCAUAUUUUAUUUUAUCUAGUUUUUUGCCUAUAUCCUUAUAGACCUGUCGACCAGUUUUUUAAUCCUCGAAUACAUUUUAAUUCUAAUUGUGGUACUUUCAGGAUCGAUGGCCUCUAGUUCAUUGGUUGAAUUACUGUUAUGUGUUA